ACCCUCCUGAUGCUAACAAACAAAACCAUCUCAUCUCGUUUCCCAAAACCCCCUUCCAAACCCACUCCCACGCCCAAAAAGCACAGCAACAGAUAAGAAACUCACAUUUCUCCGAUUCGUGAAGAGAAACAAUGGCUAAUCUAAGAACUUCAAUGGAUGCAGCAUUUUAUGACCUACGCAUAGCCACUCCGCAAACCCUCCACGGCUCUGCGCGCUCAAUUCCUGGCGAACCUGCGCCGUUGGAUGGAGCACCUUCCAGUAAACUUCUCAGAAUGCAACAGUUAUGGCUUUUGGGACAAGGUUUUCCGUUGGGUGUAAUUCCCGCUUAUGCCCCACCUUUGUAUUCUUCCUCACAAAAGGAGUCGGGUUCCUUAUCUCUUCAGACUAUUUGGUCGAAACAACCUGCAGAAAACUGGUGGCUUGGACUUGUUGGGCAAAUCCGUCCAAUAAAAUUAAUAUCUUCAGUUGCAUCAGAAGCUCUUCAAGCUGAUCUAACAUUGCCUAGUAUUAAAAGUGUUGUCAAGAACUUUUUUGACAAAUCAUUUUAUUCAAUUGGUUUAAUGUCCCACCUGGAUGUGGGCCCCUUAACUUCUGUGGUGGUCAACGUAGAAAAGGAUGGUCAAAGGAAGAAUCGUCAUACCAAGGCCCUUAUCCAUCACAAGCUACCCGAUCAUGAUCUAACUUUGGAAGCUGCUUGGCCGGAGCUUUUUGUGGACAGGAAUGGAAAAUAUUGGGACAUGCCUGAGUCAAUAUCAUUAGACUGUGCAUCACUUAUCUCUGAGUCAGGUUUAAGGUACCACUUUGGCAUCCAUAGAAAUGGUGGUGCCGCCAAGGCGGCGGUUGACUCCGGCGAGGAUCCGGUUCCAAUUCCGGCUUCUUUAAAACCUGGAAUUUGUGCAAAAGCCGCCUUUUCGUAUGAAAAAAGUAGAGACCUUUGGAGGGAACUUGAAACGAAAGAGGAUUUGAAAUUAGUGAAGAGAAAGGAGGGGAGUUUUCGGAAUUCGGCUUAUGAUUUACGCAUGAAGGAACCACAUGCUGCAAUAUCUGGAAUUUUUGGCGGCAACUGUGAGGCAUGGCUGACAAACACCAAGAGACCAUUUGGUGCCGAUUUAUUUGGAUCGAUUUGCUUUGCUUAUCAACACGGGAAAUUUAGAAAAGAUUAUGGCGACCUCACUCGAGUUGAUGCUCGUUUGGACGUGAACUCGGUUUCUUCAAUUUCACCCAAACUAAAUUUGAUCCUACAACAACAGAUUGCGGGACCCAUUGUUUUUAGGGUAAAUUCAAGGGUUUCAUUGGGACGUGGUGUACACAUAGAGGAUGUAAUAUACAGUUUGAAUUACUCCUUGAGGCUACUAGAAUCAGGGAAAGUGGUAGCUUGGUAUUCUUCCAAGAGAAAGGAGGGGAUGGUUGAGUUGCGUGUUUUUGAAUUUUAAGGAUAAUUUAUGUCAACUUGGUAAUCUUCGAGGGGUAGGUAUGUUAUUGUUGAGUUCUUUUUAUUUUGUUGGUUAGAUGUGGAAAUUUGUUGGAGAUGAGAAGAUCAUAAUGUUAAAAAGAACAUACAUGAGGUUAUUGGAGUGUUGAGGAUUAAUUUUGAGUUGGGUUUUGUGGAUUGUGAUUGCUUGUAACUUUACAAAGGC